AUGAAUAAUAUACUUUUAGAUUAUUGUCCUGAUUGUAUUUCCAUUAUAGAUGAAAAUAACAUAGUAGUGUCCACUUAUGAUUUCAUUAAUGAUGAUACUAAAACUGGAGUGUUGUUAUUGUUAAACAAAAACUUAAAUAUCGUAAAUAAAUUGGAUUGUGAUGGCAUACUUCAUUUUAAAAUCAUCAAUAAUUAAAUUUCACUUUGUACUUGGAAAGGAGAUGUCUGGACAGUUGAUAUUAAGGAUAAUUAAUUUCAUUUAGUAAACAAGCAAUCCUUUGUGGAAUGUUUUUAAGACAUUAAAUUAUUAUAUCUAGAUUGCAAUGCUCAACAAAGUUUAUUAUUGGGAGGAGAUAAUGGUGAGGUGAUUUUACAAAAAGAAGGGCAGAUUAUUUAUUAAUAAAAAUCUCAUGAAUAUUCAGUCUGGUGCACACUUUUAGAUAAUACAAAUUAAGAUCUAUUUUAUAGUGGAAGUGAUGAUGCUUGUCUCAAUUAUUACGAUGCAAGAAUCGGAUUAUUGAGAAAAGACAAAAAAUCACAUUCUUAAGGAAUCACCUACUUACUAAACGAUGGAGAGCAUAACUUAAUUACAGGAUCGUUUGAUGGCUAUAUUCGGAUCUUUGAUAAAAGAUAACCCAACUUUCCAUUUGAAGAAUACAAAAGAGAAGGAGGAAUAUGGAGAAUCAUAAAAAGAGGAAAUCUAUAUUUGAAUGGACUAUUUUAAGAGCAUAAAUACGAAUUAAUUGAAAUUAACAACAAAUAAGUUUCAACACUUUAGGAAUUUAAAGAGCAUACUUCUCUUGCUUAUGCUAUGGAUUGGUAUAAUAAUCUAAUAGUGACAUCUUCAUUCUAUGAUAAGCAAUUACGAUCAUAUACUAUUUGA